AAGAAAAAAAAAAGGCCGAUUCGACUCGCUACCCUGAUCGGCGGGUUGGCUUGCCGUAUUGACAGCUCUAAAUUUAUUACUUACUCCCACGGAGCAAUCCACCUUAUUCAGCUGAAACUGAAACACUCAAACGGUGGUUAAAGGUAAAGUCGCAUCGACAUGCCUGAACCUCAACAAUGCAUUCUUUUCUCAUAGCACGUCUCAGGUGCCUCCAUCUUCCCAAAAAUCACCUUUCUGUUCCUUACACUUUCAAACUCAGAUUCCAACGUUUCAUUUCAACGCGCCUCUUCUCUCGUUAUGCAUUCGAGCAGUUCUCCGACGAUGAAUAUGACUGCGAUUUCGAGAACCACCACGCAUCGUCCACAGUGGUCAACGUGGAUGAAUGGAAAUGGAAACUCAGCAUGCUGUUACGCAGCGAAAAGGACCAGGAGAUUGUAUCUAGAGACAGAAAAGAUAGGAGAGACUAUGAACAGAUAGCUAACCUUGCCAAACGAAUGGGACUUUACAGUGAGCUGUUUGGGAAAGUGGUUGUUGCAAGCAAGGUGCCCCUUCCUAACUACCGACCAGAUUUGGAUGACAAACGUCCACAAAGGGAGGUGGUGGUUCCACUAAGCUUGCAAAGGAGGGUUGAGGGUUUGUUGCAGGAGCACCUUGAUAGACUUCAUUUGAAUUCUGAAAAGGCAAUUGGCAAGGGGGAUUAUGUUACACCCCCUGGUCAGGAUAACGAUAUAGAUUUGGAUGAAAAUGCUGAUUCAUUUGUGGAUGGAUCUGUUAUGGAAAAGGUUCUGCAGAAGAGGAGUUUAAGGAUGCGUAAUAUGCAAAGAGCUUGGCAGGAAUCACCUGAAGGAAAGAGGAUGCUGGAAUUCCGGAAGUCUCUUCCAGCAUUCAAAGAGAAGGAAGGUUUACUUCAAGCUAUAGCUCGGAAUCAGGUGAUAGUAAUAUCUGGAGAGACUGGCUGUGGUAAAACUACUCAAAUUCCUCAGUAUGUAUUAGAGUCAGAGAUAGAGUCUGGCCGUGGAGCAUUUUGCAGCAUUAUUUGCACACAACCUCGAAGGAUAUCUGCCAUGGCUGUAUCUGAGAGAGUGUCAUCUGAGAGAGGCGAGCCUCUCGGUGAAACAGUUGGUUUCAAAGUUCGAUUAGAAGGAAUGAAAGGAAAAAACACCCAUUUGCUCUUUUGUACCAGUGGUAUAUUACUUCGAAGGCUGCUGAGUGAUCGAAACCUGAACGGUAUAACACAUGUUUUUGUUGAUGAAAUUCAUGAGCGAGGCAUGAAUGAAGACUUCUUACUGAUUGUGUUGAAGGAUCUUCUUCCACGUCGUCCAGAUUUAAGAUUGGUUCUAAUGAGUGCUACCUUGAAUGCUGAGCUUUUUUCUAAUUAUUUUGGAAGUGCACCAACAUUUCAUAUUCCGGGCUUCACCUAUCCUGUGAGAGCUCACUUCUUAGAAGAUGUUUUGGAAAUGACUGGGUAUAAGUUGAAUUCUUUCAACCAAAUCGAUGAUUAUGGUCAGGAGAAAAUGUGGAAAACACAAAAGCAGCUAGCACCGCGAAAAAGGAAAAAUCAGAUCACUGCCCUUGUUGAGGACGCACUUUCUAAAUCGAGUUUUGAGAGCUACAGUUCCAGGGCACGUGAUUCACUAGCAGCAUGGGCACCUGAUUGCAUUGGAUUUAAUCUUAUUGAGGCCGUUCUGUGCCAUAUUUGUCGUAAGGAGCGACCGGGUGCUGUUUUAGUGUUUAUGACUGGAUGGGAGGAUAUAAGCUGUUUAAGAGAUCAGCUUAAAGCACAUCCUCUCUUAGGAGAUCCGAAUAGGAUUCUGCUUCUAACAUGUCAUGGUUCAAUGGCAACUUCUGAACAGAAAAUCAUAUUUGAGAGACCACCUCCUAAUGUAAGGAAAGUAAUACUUGCCACAAAUAUGGCUGAAGCAAGUAUUACAAUCAAUGACGUAGUAUUUGUAAUUGACUGUGGAAAAGCAAAAGAGACCACUUAUGAUGCUUUGAAUAACACACCAUGUCUACUACCUUCUUGGAUUUCACAAGCAUCUGCUCGUCAGAGAAGGGGUAGGGCUGGUCGUGUGCAGCCAGGAGAGUGCUAUCACCUUUACCCUAAAUGUGUUUAUGAAGCUUUUUCUGAAUAUCAACUUCCUGAGCUGCUCAGAACACCCUUAAAUUCGCUUUGUUUACAAAUAAAAAGUUUGCAGGUUGAGAGCAUAGGGGAGUUCUUGUCGGCAGCUUUGCAGGCACCAGAGCCACGGGCUGUCCAAAAUGCUAUUGAUUUUCUCAAGAUGAUUGGAGCAUUAGACGAAAAAGAAAGUCUUACCCACCUCGGGAAGUUUCUCUCUAUGCUUCCAGUAGACCCCAAGCUAGGGAAAAUGUUAAUAAUGGGAGCUAUAUUUCGUUGCUUUGAUCCUGUUCUUACGAUAGUUGCUGGCCUUAGUGUCAGGGACCCAUUCCUUUUGCCCCAAGACAAGAGAGAUUUAGCCGGAACAGCGAAGUCUAGGUUUUCUGCUAAGGAUUAUAGCGAUCAUAUGGCUCUUGUUCGAGCAUAUGAAGGAUGGAAAGAUGCAGAAAGAGAAGGGUCUGCUUAUGAAUACUGCUGGAGAAAUUUCCUCUCUGCCCAAACCCUUCAGGCUAUCCAUUCACUUAGGAAGCAGUUUAACUUCAUUUUGAAAGAAGCUGGCUUGGUAGACACAGAUGCUAGCCUCAACAACAAAUUGAGUCACAAUCAAGCUCUUGUGCGUGCAGUCAUUUGUUCUGGACUCUUUCCUGGGAUAGCAUCAGUAGUGCAUAGGGAGACAUCCAUGUCAUUUAAAACAAUGGACGAUGGCCAGGUUUUAUUAUACGCAAAUUCAGUGAAUGCACGUUACCAGACCAUUCCUUACCCAUGGCUGGUUUUUGGUGAAAAGGUGAAGGUCAAUGCUGUCUUCAUCCGUGACUCCACCGGUGUAUCUGACUCAAUACUCAUCCUCUUUGGUGGCGCUCUAAGUAAUGGGAUACAGGCUGGGCAUCUGAAAAUGUUGGAUGGGUAUGUCGACUUCUUCAUGGAUCCUAAUUUAUCUGAUUGCUAUUUGAAGAUGAAGGAAGAGCUUAAUAAGCUUAUCCAAAAGAAGCUCGAUGAUCCUAGCAUUGACAUUCACAAGGAAGGAAAGUAUUUAAUGCUUGCAGUUCAGGAACUGGUUACAGGGGAUCAAUGUGAAGGAAGAUUUGUAUUUGGCCGUGAAAGCAGGAAGCCCAAGCCCUCUAGCGACGAGAAUAGAUUUACAAAAGAUGGGACGAACCCCAAGAGCUUGUUGCAAACACUGUUGAUGCGAGCGGGUCACUCGCCACCCACAUACAAAACAAAACAUUUAAAGACAAAUGAAUUUAGAGCAUUGGUGGAGUUUAAAGGCAUGCAAUUUGUUGGCAAACCAAAGAGAAACAAGCAGCUUGCAGAAAGAGAUGCUGCUAUAGAGGCAUUGGCUUGGCUGACUCACACCUCUGACAAUUAUCAACAAGAAGAUGAUAACUCGCCUCCUGAUGUCACCGACAACAUGCUGAAACUCUUGGGGAAACGUAGAAAAUCAAAACGACGCUCUGGUUGAUUGGUUUUCCCUGGUGAAUGCGAGUCUAACUCAUCCGUUUUAUUUUUCCCUUCGUGAUGAGUAGCAAUGGAUAAUACCAUUAAAUGCAUGAUGGCGAACAAAGCAGCUGAUAUUCUUGGGUAUAAUAUUCUGACCACAAAUCACCUUAGUUUCCCUUUUAUACCAUAACUGAUGUGUGAAGUUAUGAAUUAUAUAGCCACAAUUUUUUCUUGCUGUUGAAGCAUUUUUGAGUUUCUUUAGAAAUCCAUCCAGGAAACCUGGCAUUAACUAAGACCCAAUUUAUCUGAUACUUUUCUAGCAGGGGGGAAAUGGUUUGGGAACACAAUUUAUCUGUAGAAUAUAUAAAUUUUCCCCUUUUAUGGGGAGAAGGGUCGUUUGAUAGGGGGAGUAUAUGGUAUUUGACUUAUGUAGUCAUCCCUAUUCAGUGAGAUCAAGCAUAGUGGUUUGAUUUGAUACAAAUGGUAUCAGGGGGUGGCAUUGCAUAUAACUUUUUGUAGCAAGAGUCAAUGAAAUCUAUUAUAUUCUCCUAGUUGUCUGUUUCCACUUAAUAUAAAAAGUAUUCGAUUGUCUCUUGAAGUUACUAGAGUGAUUGAUCCUUACAAGAGGGAACACCUGCUAAACAACUAGAAAGACAGAGCGAUAGACGGAAGGUGUCCAUUGCCGGCACGCUACCAGAUCUGACGAUGAGGUCGCAACUCUACCAAGCUCCUCUGCAUGAUCCCUUUAUUCUAACAUAACUGUAACUGCCAUAACUGUGACAGGGCGUAUCAGAUCUUGUCGCUGCUCUUAGCCAACAUUGCUGUUGUGGGUGCUGCUAGUGUUGCUUGCAGGGUUCUGAUGGACAGCCAGAUCUGCACGUUCUACUCGUGUUCUACUCAGAUCUACGCCCUUGAAGAUCACAAAACGUCAAAGAUGGGGUUUAUGUUUUUGGUGAAUGUGAGGGUUUGAGAGUUUGAAGAUGAUAGAAGGAGGUAAUUUGAACAUUUAGCGUAAUAUUUAAUUGGAAUCAAUAAAGGUUCAACGUUUAGAUAUUUUCGUUAACCAAAAUCUAU